UGGGAAGGAAUAUUUGUCGCCGGACUGUCGUAAACAAAGAGAUUUGUAAUCGGUCUAUGCAUGCGUGGUGUCGCUUGUGAUGUUGUGUUUUGUUUCCAGCGACGUUUGCGUCAGAUUCCACGUUGCGCAUCGCCUGAAAAAAAAAACGGUUAGUGAGCUGCCCGAAGUUGUUACCCGCGUUUUAGGGUUAACCCAGCCAGCUAGCCACGCUAGCUUGUGUGGAGCCCUCGGAAAGGGCGUGCGAAUUUGACGCUCUCUCAGAUCUCCUCACGUUCGGAGUUUUCUACGACGCAGUCUUCUCCUACGAUCUCCAUCUGAUCUCCGAUCUCCACCCCGACUGAACAUGGAGGGGGGGUCUUUUGCAAGAGACUGACGACGACUCGUGGUUUAAAGAGCAAGUCGGUCUCGAUGGGAAAAGUUGAGCUGAGGAUUAACAACUUGGGAUAAACUGGUAAAGAAAGCUCUCAAGUCUUUCAAGUCUUGCACAAGGGCAUGCAAAAACCCCAGUGAUGGAGUCCACGGCUGUGAGUACUUCCACUCUGGCCCCUGAUGAGUUUGACAGGAACGUGCCUCGGAUUUGUGGCGUUUGUGGUGACAAAGCAACCGGCUUCCACUUCAAUGCAAUGACCUGUGAGGGCUGCAAGGGCUUUUUCAGGCGCAGUAUGAAGCGCAAGGCCACCUUCACCUGCCCCUUCAAUGGGAGCUGCACCAUCACCAAGGACAACAGGCGUCACUGCCAGGCAUGCAGGCUGAAACGCUGCGUGGACAUUGGCAUGAUGAAGGAGUUCAUACUGACAGAUGAGGAAGUACAGAGGAAGAAAGACCUGAUCCAGCGGCGGAAGGAAGAGGAGGCACAGCGCGAAGCCCAGAGGGAGGCCCGCCGCCCCCGACUCACUGAAGAGCAGAGUCAGGUCAUCGCAACGCUUGUGGAAGCCCACCACAAAACCUAUGACGACUCCUACUCUGACUUCACUCGUUUCAGGCCUCCGGUGCGCGAUGGCCCAGUGACGCGCAGCGCAAGCAGAGCCGCCUCCCUCCAUUCUCUGUCUGACGCCUCCUCCGACUCCUUUAGUCACUCGCCAGAGUCAGUAGACACCAAAAUGAACUUCAAUAACCUGAUGAUGAUGUACCAGGAGCAGGGUGGCAGCCCAGAUUCCAGUGAGGAGGAGGGCUCCCGUCUCUCCAUGCUGCCCCACCUGGCUGAUUUGGUCUCUUAUAGUAUUCAGAAAGUCAUUGGCUUUGCCAAGAUGAUUCCUGGGUUCAGGGAGCUGACCGCAGAGGAUCAGAUUGCCCUGCUCAAGUCCAGUGCCAUUGAGGUGAUAAUGCUGCGCUCAAAUCAGAGCUUCAACCUGGAGGACAUGUCCUGGAGCUGUGGUGCACCCGACUUUAAAUACCAGAUCAGUGAUGUCACCAAAGCGGGUCAUACUCUGGAGCUGCUGGAGCCUCUGGUGAAGUUUCAGGUGGGCCUAAAGAAGCUCAACCUCCACGAGGAGGAACAUGUGCUGCUCAUGGCCAUCUGCCUGCUUUCUCCAGACCGCCCAGGGGUGCAGGACCAUGCUCGCAUUGAAGCCCUUCAAGACCGGCUUUCGGAGACCCUGCAGGCCUACAUCCGGUUGCACCACCCGGGUGGACGGUUGCUCUAUGCCAAGAUGAUCCAGAAGCUUGCCGACCUGCGCAGCCUGAACGAGGAGCACUCCAAGCAGUACCGCUCACUCUCUUUCCAGCCAGAGCACAGCAUGCAGCUCACCCCGCUGGUACUGGAGGUGUUUGGCAGUGAAGUCUCCUAAGGGCCACCUCUGAACCUCAGCAGUAGAGUAGUGGAGGAUGGAGAAAAGGUCUCCAGGGGGUCAAAGAAGAGAGAGGGAGCUGAGGAUGUGCUGGA